UUCGGUUUAGCUUUUGAACUAAAUUUUGUAAAUAAUAUGAAACAAUAGCAUGUAUAAAAUAGGUUAGAAUAACAGAGGUUAUCAUUUGAUUUUUACCUAGUUAAAACGUAAUUAGAAGUUUUAAAAAUGGAAAUGAAUGUUACGCAAGGUGAUUACUUUACAAGUUACGAAGAUUUAGAGAUUCAUAGGCUAAUGUUGGAGGAUGAACCUAGAACCGAUACUUAUCGACGAGCUAUAUUGGGUAAUAAAAAUUACUUCAAAGACAAAGUGGUAAUGGAUGUUGGAUGUGGCACUGGUAUUCUAUCAAUAUUUUGUGCUCAGGCUGGUGCUAAAAAAGUAUAUGCUAUCGAAGCCAGUAAUUUAGUGAAAUUGGCUAAGGAAAUUGUAAAGGAAAAUAACUUUGAAGAUAUUAUAGAGGUUAUUCAUAGCAAAGUAGAGGAUGCAACUUUGCCUGGUGACUUGAAGGUUGAUGCUAUAGUAUCUGAAUGGAUGGGAUUUUACCUACUUCAUGAGGGAAUGUUAGAUUCUGUACUUGUGGCAAGAGACAAAUUUCUUAAGGAAGGCGGUGAAAUGUUUCCAGAGAGUGCUGUAAUUUAUGUUGCACCAUGUAGUGUUCCACAGCUUUACAACAAAUGGACAAAUUUCUAUGGUGUAUCAUUAUCAACAUUUGCAAAACAGCUAAGAGCUAGCAAAAGUAGUAAACCUGAAAUAAUGCAAAUAUCACAAGAAAAUCUACUUGGUGCUGAGAUUGCAAUGGCAUGGAUCAAUUUGAGAGAGGAUACAGUCAAUGAUUUAAACUGUUACAGUAUUCAACAUGUAGUAGGUGCCAGUAAAACAGGCCAAUAUCAAGGACUAUGUGUAUGGUUUGAGUGCAAUUUCCCAGAGCUAUCAAGUGGAAGUCGAGUAGUUCUCAGCACAGGACCAGAAGCUAAGUUAACACAUUGGAAACAAACAGUUAUAUUGUUACCUGAAGAGCAAAAUGUGGAUGAGCAAGAACCUAUUGCCUUUCUGCUAGAUAUGAAUAGAGACAAAAAUAGUUCUCGAAGAUAUAAUUUGGAAUUGACUCUACUGGAUCCACAGGAAGUGGAACACCCGGUGCCCUGUACAUGUGACAUGACCAAGUGUAUCCUAAUCAAGGUUGUGAUGUCCCAACACACUGAGCAUGCUAUGCAGCAAAAUGGCAUAAUAGAAGACGACCCGCUUGAUGAUGAUGAAUAAAACCACUUUUUUGAUACUG